CGGUUCCUUCCGGGUCGCGGCCUCGCGGGGAGCGCGGUUGCCAUGGAAACUGCAGACAUGGCGGCGCCGGCCCCGGUGGGCAGCGUCUCUCAGCGUUUGGAACGGGCGCUUUCAACUGAGUCGUCCAUCACCACCAGGACGCCGGGGCACGUCGUGUCUCCCGUGUCCCUCGAUCUGCGCGUCUCGCCGGGACAGGUUGCGGAGCUGCCCGGCAAGAACCUGUGGGAGCAGAUCUGCGAGGAGUAUGAAGCUGAGCUGCCUCCCUUUCCAGAAGGAUAUAAAGUCAAACAAGAAGCUGUGGUUACUGCGUCGCCAUCCGAGGAAAGGGUUUUCUACGGCUUCAACACGGAACACCUUUACCCAGCUCCUCCUUUAGCUGUGGUCCCACAAGUAUCCUGUCCUCAAGCUAAACGGGAAACAAUCGACCCAGAAACAUGUUCCCCCAAAGAAUAUUUGGAAACAUUCAUCUUUCCAGUUCUGCUUCCCGGAAUGGCUAGCCUGCUUCACCAAGCAAAGAAAGAAAAAUGUUUUGAGCUCCGGAUUGACCUUCCCACCUCGGGCCUCUCCCUACUCCACUUCAUGCCAAAUGCCACGAAUGUACUUGCUUCAGGAGAGGCCUGGCCCAUGAGGAAAAGAACCAAAUUCAUUGCCUGUGAUUUUCUGACCGAAUGGUUAUACAAUCAAAAUCCAAAGAGGAUAGGGGAGACAUUCACAGAAUUCUUCUCCAUUCCAUUUGUGGAAGAGUGGCUGAAACUGCACCCCCGGCCAGCGAUCCCACUCUCCCUUCUGCUGACAGAAUCGGCAGCAGCGCUCUGCAUUCAGUCCUUCUGGAGAGCCUAUCUGGUUCGCUGUGAUCCUGAGAUUCAAGAACUGCGUCAGUGGCAGAAGAAACUGCGUGAGGACAAGCACAUCCGCCAGCGAGUCAAAAUUUUCUGGGCCAAGCAAGAGCAGAAAGUAAAAUGCAAAAUGGAGGAUGGAGAAGAGGCUACAGCUAAGACUGCACAACCUUAACAGCUGUCGGUAUCUUUCCCCUCUUUGCUCCAAUUACCCCACUUGAGGAAAAUGUUCAAGUUAUGCUUCCUCUAUUGUGCUUUCUUGAACAACUAGAUUUGGUGCAUUCGGAUAAGAAUCUUUUCGUUGCAAACAUGUUUUAGUGCAAACAGUUUAUCAUAAGAAAGUACUAGUUUUAACUUUCUGCAUUAUCCCCCAGUUUUAUUCUUUCAUCCGUAUAUUUCAUCAGUGCUUCAGGAGAAUUCUUCUACACCAACCACUGCUAAAAUGUACAGUGAACUCUGAUUCCAAGAGAUGUUGAAGUUUUCUCUAGUUACCAGUUUCCCAGUUUUGGCCACCUUUGCAAAGAUCCAUAUUUAAAAUAAAGUCCCAAACCUCUGCAGUGGGUUUUAAGUUUAUCUGGUGAGUACUCUUUUCAUAAAAAAGUCAUUAUUGCCUGUGAUCAUUUCCCAAGGAGACUGACCCUUAACUUUGACUGCAUCAAGAUAAGACACUUAAACCCAGACAACAAUAAAGAUAAAGAAUUUUUGUUGUCUAGGCCCUAAAGCAUUAUAGAAAUUCCUCAUUUUAUGGGUAAACUGACUUAUUACCCUCAAUUGUGCUGCAGUUUGCUGUUAACCAGGAUUCUCCCAUUCAAAAUGCCACAGACUUAGCCUCCAGGCGGAUCUGAAAGCCAAGUAGUUGUAUUGGGUUGUUUUGACAAGCUACCACACGUCUUAAGUAAAUAGUAAAGCCUUUAUUUUUUGUGUUAAGAACAGCAUUUUGAAAAUAAAACCUAUUUGCCCAUGCUUUACAAUCUUUUAAAUUUGUAAUGUUUAUAUACAGUCGUUUAUGGUACACAUUGAUUGUCUUGAAAUUUCUUUAACGAUUUUUUUAAAGUAUGCAACAGUCAGCCAGGGGAGGAUAAAGGUACAUUAUAAAACACACAUUAAUACAUUUAAUAAAUAUAUAUUAUCUAUCAAAAACGAGCCUUAGCUCUUUAUCAAUGAAUAAAAAGCACCUGCUGAGAACUCCUGUAAGCUGGUAUAAUCAUUGCAUCAUUGGAUUAUAAAAGCCACAAUGCUCCCUUUCGGUUCGGGGUUCAACUCAGCCUUGCCUAACCAGGAAGACCACUCCCACUUUGCCCACGUUCUGUGGGCCCUGACAGAAUCUGUGCUAAAACAGUGACUCCCCAGCUUUCAGCAACCAAAUCUGCAGCCCUUGAGACACACAAAACUUCCCAGUUUGUCAAUUCUUGGGGCCGAUUGCUUCCCUCCCUCCACCCCAUCUCCAGGGGAGGAAUCCAGCACAGAAUGACCGUUUUCUAUUAGAGGGGAAAGAGUGGCUCUUAUAGUCCCAAGGUGAGUUUGAUAACUGGACCUGGAAAGAUUUGUGCUUACAAUUAGGUGUUUUGAUCACACAGGCUCUCCUUCCAAGUCAUCCUCCCCCAAUGUCUUGUUUACAUAAGCAGACCUUAAACAGAGGUGCCAUUUAAUUUUGUAUUUAAACUUCACUCCAUGGGGGCAGCUGGCUGCCACAGUCUCUUGGCAAAGAUGUCUCUUCGCACCCUUCAGGUGAAGUCAUUGGAAGAACAGUUCUCUGCCCUCUCCCCUCACUCCCCGUCUCCACCCUCACUGGGAGAGCAUUCAGCCCACUCUUGACCUCAAAGCCAAAAUAAAAUAAAACCCAGAAGUGCAAAAACUACCAGAGAUUUAAAAAGAAAAGAAAAGAAAAAGGUCUCAUUAAGUGAGGUUUCCUGUGGCUCAAAGCCGGUUCCAUUUCUACGGUGGUGAAACGUUCCUUUCCGCUUGUAGCCAUCUAUGCUGCGCCACCUGACACGCCUGGACCGCCAAGAACUUAGAGAGGACGUGACCGUGUUUGCUCUCCCCUCUGCAAGGGGGGCUCUUGCAGCCUGAGUCGCUGAUGGGAUCAGAGAGCUCUGAAGGAGUCCAGGGAGUGUGGGUGAGCGACCGUUUCCCGGCACGAGAACGUGGAACACGGCCGUUUUUCACCAGAUGGGACCGAGGUGUUCGGAGAUUUCUGUGAUUUUCAGAAUUCUGGGUCUGCAUGCAUCCGCCUCCACCCCGGGUCCUAGCUUCUCUCCCUCCACCCCCCGCCCCCAUACUCCAAGUUCCAGCCCACCCAGUGGCCCUCCUAGCACAGAGGGCUGGGAUGGGAUUCUCUCCCUAGAAGCAGGCACGUGCUCCGGGGGUGGGGCAGGCGGGCGCUUCCCGAAGGUCAGGUAGGGGCGGCAUUCUGGUGCCACGCUCCCUCUUCCCCAUGCUGGCGACACACGGAAAUGCGCUAAUGUGAAGGAGAGCUACACAGGGGUGGCCAGAUUGGCCUCGCUACCCCGGUGCUCUGCAAGGAUGCGGGCGGGGGAGGGCGAGGAUGGGACACAGCAGACUAGGGCCUCGAGAAAAAUCAGAAGGUUUAUUAAAACAUACUCAGCUCAGACAUAUCGGCUUAUGAAGAGGUCAGUUUCCCCCCCCCAAACACUAACCUUUUUCAUUUUCUUUAAAGGUUAAAGGCUUAUGGGUUGGUUUU